CUAAACAUAAUGAAAGAGAAUGCACACAGUUCAUUUCUACCUAAAGAGAGCGAUUCAGCGGUGCUUUAGUCUUUUAGUCUGUUCAGCUCUCUCACCUACACAUCUGUACAUUCUGUUCAAAUAUCUCUGUUUCCAAAGUUUUAACUUUCAUGCUAAUCAUGCUCGUCGUCUUCUAGAUCUCUAACUAGCCAAUCUGCGCUGCAACCGUGUCGUAUAGUUGUGUGGGAUUCUGGAACUUUGAGUCUAGCAUUUGCACUAAUGUCUCCUCUACUUCUAAGCUGGAUUUCUCAUUAAUGUGGCUUUAAACAUCGCUGGAAAAUGAGGAUUGAGAAAAGAAGCUCUUGCUGUUUUGUUUUUUGGAGCUAACUGCAAAACCUGAACUGUGCUAGCAAUAAUAAUGUCCCAGUGUGACAUCAGCAUGGCACACAUCCCCAACUUCUCAUGCGAAUAAUGAAAAUACAGCACCAAGCAACAAAUUAGCACCAGAAACACGAAACAUACCACAAAUAUUUCAAUAUAAUCAUAUUUAAUGUGUUUCAAGGUAGGAUUUUCCUGUAAGUCUUUAUACUAGGUGUAAUUCCUUUCAUUAUUGAUAUAGAUACAUGCCAUAUUAGGGCAAUUUAUGAACUUGGUGUCUCAAAAAAGAAGCUGAAAAAUGAGGAUCGGUACCCCUGCUGCAAGUCCAUCGAUAGAAAAAUCUGGGAGGGAGUGAGGGGUUGGGCUCCAUCUCACAAAAGGAAAGCAACGGGAAUCUGCAGCCACACACUGGCUCUUCUCCGAGAGCAAGCAGGUGGAGAGCGAAGCGAAGUGAGGAAUGUCAGAUUUAAAGGAAGAAAUGUAGAUAUCUGAAGCACAGAUGGCAUCUGGAACCUCAGGGGCUGCUAGAAAUCGAAAUCUAAUGGAUUGUUACACAUCUGUUUUAGGAGGGUUAUAGGAAUUUUUACGCUUGGUGAAGUACGUACUGUUUUUCCUUUCUAUUUUUAGAGGGAACGUCUUAAUUAAAGCUUAAUGAGGUCUUGCCAUCUUUUAGUGCAUCGACACUUGUCGAGUUUGCUUACGCUGGUUGGUUGUUUGAUGGCUUGAAUUUGAUGUUGAAAUCAGUCCCAAAGCCUGAAUCCUUCUGGAACUUAUGAACCUGUCAAACUAUGGUGAGGCUCACAAUGACUCAAGAACCCAUAAAUAACGGGUCGAAACCUCAGAAGGCGUAUUUUCAAAGAAAAUCCAGCAUCACGAAGAUCACUUUGGCAUUCGUGUUCAGAACCAAGGUCCAUGGGCUGAGGUACGUUUUUGCUCCGGACAAAUCCAAACCUCAACGCUUCUUCUGGCUUCUGGCGAUCUGCAUCUGCUUGGUGCUUCUGUUUGUAUGGUCCUGUAACCGCUUGUUCUACCUUCUCUCCUUCCCCGCCGUCACGAAGAUCUACAUGGUGUGGGCGAAGAGUAUGACGUUUCCGGCCGUCACGCUGUGCAACCAGAACCUCUUUCGUGUGUCUAGCCUCACCAAGGCAGACCUUUACCACAGCGGCUACUGGAUGGACAUUAUGCACGCGAACCAUUCGGUGAACAGGCAGAGCGUGGCAAUGCUGAAGCACAGCCGGCACAGAGAGAAACUCAUGCGUCUGCUGGACUUCUCCGACUAUGUCCCGCCUCCCCGCUUCCACCUCAACACCACUGAGAUAAUUGACAGACUGAGCCACCAGUUAGAGGACAUGCUUUUGGAGUGCAAGUUCAGGGGAGAAAGCUGCACCCAUAAAAACUUUACUACAGUAUGUAUAUUAUUUCAUGAGUGUCAUUUCAUUUCAUACAGUAAUAAUCUGAAAAUACUAAUAGUGUUGCUAGAAAAGGUCCAAGCACUAACUCCUCCUUUGCAUAAUGCUUCUUAUGUAUUUGAAAUCAGCUACAUAAGGAAUAAUACACCUUGUGUUGUACAGUUAUAGGAAAACAAUCAACGACAGGGUGGUGGGAUGACGCAGGCCCCAUGAAGUUGAUUUAUUUUCCAGUAACAGCAUGUCCCUCUUAUACCACAGCAAUUUGUAUGUUGUAUGUACGCAUCAUAAUUUUUAUCCGUUUGUCGUUACACUGAAUGUUCAAAAAGCAGGUUAGUUCCUGUUAACACUUACGUUACAGCAGCUAUAACACAGC